AUGUCACGGCCCGAUGCGACAACUGAGCUGAGGAAACGAGGAAGACCUCGAAAGAGUCUGGACGUGGUGGCGCCUCCGGAGGAAGAACCGGCCCCGGUCGCGAAGCGGACUCGUCGCGUUGCAGAACCUGAACCUGAACCUGAACCUGAGCCGGAAACUCCAGUCACGGCACCGGAAGCUCCAAUGGCUAAAAAGAGGGGGCGCCUUAGAAAGAACGCCGAAAACGACGCCGAACACGACCAGCCACCAUCAGAUCCCCGGCCGCGCAAACGCAUAAAACAGUCUGCGACAGCGAACCAGGCGACGGAACAAACCUUCCCGGACAAUCCGCAACUGAAGACACAUGAACGUACGCGCGCUGUCGUUGAUAAGGGCAGAGACGAGCCAGAGACAUCACCUUGGUGGGCUCCAAACACAAGCGAAGCAUCUCCAGAUGCUAGUCGCCGAGGCGGGCAAGAAUCAAAUAGCUCAUCUAAGAAUCUGGGCCGUGAUCGCUCGUCGCUGGGAGACGUUGCUGUUACACAAGCACAGAACCGAUUCCCGGCACAGCCGCGAGGCCCGCAGCGCAAGACUAAGACUAAGACUACCGAACCCGCUUUGGUCACGUCCGCGCAGCCGAGCAGCACCUCCAAAGGUGCCGCGAAAGUAUCUAAGAAGACGCUAGAGACUGUGGGCGAAAGGAAGCGCAGGCCUGGACAACCCGCGGAAAAGGACACUAAAGAGAGCGGCAACCCAGACGCCCAGACACGGCGCCCAUCUCGCGACCAAGAGGCCGGUCCAACAACCCGAGGGACUGCCGCACCGAAAUUUCGCCAGUUGACGUCUCGGACGAGGCAAAUCCCACGGUCAACUAUCUCGGCGAAAUGGACCACUCUUGACCAGCCGUCUAUCGCAGCCGUCGACAGCAUCAUAUCAGAUGCGUCGCGCCCCGUGCUGCUGCAGCUGCGUGGUCGGGAGAACCGACAGGAGCAGGCGCAGACCAUUCUGGAGCUGUUUGCCUCACGGCUGCACCACAAGCUCGUCAAGGGAUUUCCGUUUCCUCCGCCGACAUUGCCGUCGGGUGGUGGUGGUGGACGGAACAGCAACGCCGCGGGUACUGGCGGCGGUAGCGGUGGCCACUCGCCCGAGCUCGAUUUUGAACGGACGGUGCACGCGAUCCAGGCUGCCGAGAAGAUGCUGGACCCUCUCCUGCACUCGGUUGCGCUGCUCACUGCCGAGAAGGAGAGGGAGGAGGCGGCGCUGGAGAGGGAGUACAAAGCGUUGCGCGCGCUGGAGACGAACGCCAAGACUGAGGCCCGGGGCUGGCGGGAUCGGGCCAAGCGUGACCAUGUCCUGGCGCCGGAGAGGCAGCGAGUGCUUGAUGGCGAAGGAGCACCGGCGAGGGAGCCCGACGAGGCUCUCGAAAUGAUUGUCAAGAAGGCAGAGGACUCCUUGGGUAGCGGUGUUUUUAAGGAUAUUGGCGAAGACGCAGAGUUGCUCGCGCUCUCUAAACAGAUUAGUAAUCACAUGGAGAGCAUGAAGGACAACCUCCAGCAGAUUGACGGGAUCGUUCCCGCCAUUGCGAAGAGCAAAGCGGCGUUGCAGGGCGUGCUACAGCAGCAUCUCGACCCUCAACAAUAUAACCGGGUGGUGCUUGGCUAGCAUGUCAAGAUGGAAGGAUAGCUAAAGUGACAGUCUGGAUUUUGCUUUUUGAAAAAAUGGAUCGGUUGGUGUUUGGGAGGGUGGGGAGGGGCGUGUGCGGGUGUCUGUCUGUUGUUUGACUGGGCACCGAGGCAAACGGAAUGGAUAACGAUAUACCCGGGCGGAUUUGUGUUCUAGCGCGUUCUGUAGUUUAUGAAGGCAUGUUUUUGAUUCACUGCUGAUAGGGGAGGCCCAGACAAAAUAGGGGCUUCCGAGUACAGCUAGAGCAUUGCGAAUUCGGGCCAUGAGUCAAUGGGAAAAAGCAGGAGCCGGAAGCAAGGAAUUAUACCGUUUUAUUUCCACUACGUAUACGAUUGAUGUCCGUCUUUAUAUUCAGAACUCAUUCCAUGUC